AUGUUUAAUAAUCAACGGCUUGAUUUGCUUCAAGAACUUCGUCACCAAAAGGCGGAACAACUAGUGAGCCAUAUAAGGAGCCAGUGUGAGAGUGGCUCGGCUGUUGAUAUUGGACGGGUCACGUUCGCGACUACGUUGAAUUUAAUAUCAAACACGAUUUUUUUGAUCGAUAUGGUGGAUUCGAAGUUUAAAAAGGCUCAUGAGUUUAAGGAAUUGGUAUGGACGAUUAUGGAAGAUGUCGUGGUACCGAAUCUAUCUGAUUUUUUUCCGGUUUUGAAGUGGUUAGAUUUGCAAGGAGUACGGAGGCGUAUAAGGCCAGCGUAUUUAAGGUUGCAUGAGAUAUUUGAAGAAAAUAUUGAGAAGAUAGUAGAAACUAGAGCUGCAGGGAUGAAGAAAAAGGGGAUUUUUUUGGAUAUACUUCUUGAUCAAUGUGAAGAUGAUGGGUCUGGAUUUGGUACAACCAUCAAGCCUCUUAUGGUGGAUUUAUUCAUUGCUGGGAGUGACACAUCGGCCAUAACAACAAAAUGGGCAAUGGCAGAACUUCUUCGAAAACCUGAAGAACUCAACAAAGUACGACAAGAAAUAAUCGAAGAAAUAGGGCUAGAAAGAGCAGUUAAAGAAUCAGACAUGGACAAACUCCCAUAUCUUCAAGCAGUCGUAAAAGAAACGAUGAGACUUCAUCCAGCAGUUUCAUUACUCUUACCACACAAAGCCCAAAAUGACACACAAGUAUUAGGCUUCAACGUGCCUAAGGACAGUCAAGUUUUCGUGAAUGCAUGGGCAAUUGGAAGAGAUCCAAAGUCAUGGGAAAGGGCACUAGAGUUUCUGCCUCAAAGAUUCAUUGAAUCUAACGUGGAUUAUAAAGGUAGGAAUUUUGAGUUUUUUCCAUUUGGCGCGGGAAGGAGGAUUUGUCCUGGAAUUCCACUGGCUAUAAGAAUGGUGAAUUUGAUGUUGGCUUCUAUUAUUCAACCAUUUAAUUGGAAGUUACCUGAUGGAAUGGAUCCGGAGAAAUUGAACAUGGAGGAACAAUUUGGAGUUAGCUUAAGGAAAGCUGUUCCUCUUGUUGCAGUUCCUAGUAUGGAAGUAAAAUAAUUUUCUUUUAAUUUAAUUUGCAAUUGUUUUUCUUUACCUUAUUAA